AGCAGGCAACAGAUGGCACACAGACAGCAGAGUUGGGGACAGAUAUGCAGGGACAGACUGGCAGAGACAGGGAGUCUCAGGACCAAAGACGAUGACGUUAUCGUUUGAUUCCGAUACUGAUUACUCAGUGUCUGAAUGUCCACUCUCACAGACACAUUUCCUCAGACCCAGCGUGACCUCCCAUUGGUCCAUCGGGGGGCACUGUCAAUCAUCUCACCAUGAUGCAGCUGGACGAUCUGUCUGCCGUGGAGGAGUUCAGCUACGCCCAGAUGCCCACGCUGGAGAGAGGAGCUGGUGGGGGUACAAUGGGACGGCGGGACGGCGGGGGUGUGUGGAGAGGGACCGGCCAGAGAGCUACACUGUGGACGUGAGGGCCAGUGACCUGAAGCUUUCCCACUCUGAGAAGCCCAUGCACCCCUGCCUCAGCUAUAGGACCUGGCUCUACAGUGUUCUCAUUGGGAGUAUCCCAGCAGCAGUUGUCAGCUUUGCCAUUGCCAAAAACCAUCAUGUUGCAGUGUCAGAUUUCCAGGUGGUAUUUGUGUCAACCUUUGCUGUGACGACUACCUGCCUGGUGUGGUUUGGCUGUAAGCUGGUGUUGAGUCCCUCUGCUGUCAAUAUCAACUUUAACAUCAUCCUGCUUGUUCUGCUGGAGGUGCUGAUUGCCAGUACAGUCAUUCUGUCAGCACGCUCCGCAGAGGACUGCUGCAGCCACAGGAAGGUGAUUGAGGUGAUAGCAGAAAUCUCGGCUGUGUUUGGCGGUGUCAUCGCUCUCAACAUGGACGCCUUGCUCCUGGGUCCAUACCUGUCUGUCACCUUCUUCUGGAUCUUAGUGGCUUAUUUCCCCAGUGCCAUUGCCAGCGAUGUCGUAGUAGAAUACCCCAACAAGUGUCUGGUGGAUAUGUUGAUUGCCAUCAGCAGUGUGACCUCCCCCCUGCUCUUCUCAGCCUCAGGCUUCCUCUCCUGCAGUGUGCUUAAUUUCAUUGACAUCUUCUUGUAUGAGGUGCCUACAGCUAAGCAAUCAUAUGACAUCCUGCUGCUGAUUCUGAUGGUGUUGCUGCUGGUGCAGGCAGUUCUGACUCUGGCCACCGUGGUGCACUGUGCCUCCUACAAGAGUCAGCUCCUCAUGGGGGCUCCAGAGUGGGAUGACAGCCAGCAGCUCCCAGCUCUACACUUAGAGCUUGCUCUCUCAGCAACAAGCAUCCAACAAAACACUGUGGGACUUUGACAAAGACAAGGCCUGGAAGGCGGUCGUGAUCGUGACACACUGAACAGAGGAGGAGGAGAAAGGGGACAAAACAGAAAAGACAGACAGGGGAGAGGAAAGAAAAAUAAAUCAUAAAUAUCAGUAGUCAGUUUCACUGCAAGAUAGAAGACAAGGAGGAAAAGAGAUAGUAAGAUGAGAAAGUUGGAGCAAAGAGGAGGAUGACAAAAGAGUGAGGAAUCGAGAGGAGGGAUACAGGAUGAAUUGUGUGAUGUUAUAAGCAUUCAAGUCUCUCAGAUAUAAAAUGUUUAUACUUGCUAAAACAAUCUGCUUACUGUGUACAAUCUGUAGACCAUUGGGUACUCUCAUUCCUCUUUGUGUUGUAUUUGCAGCUCAGUAUAAUUUUGGUCUUUGUCUAUAUGUAGUGAACUUUACGCAUAGGACUUUAGGUCUAAUUGAUAUUGACAUGAAGAUGUGUAGAGUGCAUUCAGAAAGUAUUCAGACCCCUUGACUUUUUCCACAUUUUGUUAAAUUAUAUACUUUUUAU